UGACCUCUUAUGAUCCUUUUUCUUUUGUCCAACCCUAAAACCCUGAGCCCCCCACCCUCCUCUGAUGGAACCCUAACCCUAGAAAUCUGCAGCGGGGAUUGUGGGCUUACUUGAAUCCGGAGCUCAGGUUCUGUUCUUCAUAGGUACCAGCCAGUUGACCCUCGUCCUCGAGCUCUUUUUCUUUAGAAAAUCGGAACCUGGCUAGGGGAUUUUGGUGGAUGCAUUGAUCAAGGGAAAAUUUUGUGUUUUCCCCGCAAUACCUACUCUGAAAAGACAGCUCGUUAUAGCCCAUUUUACACAGUAUUUUACAGAUCAGUAUCUGCUGGUUUUCUGCUCAAAGAAAGCCAAGACAGCUGCCUCUUUACCGAAGGCAGCUAUGCUACGCACAGGAUCUAAGGAAAGCCAAAAUCAUAACAACAGCAACAACAAUAACAACAGCAACAACAACAGCAACGACCAGAAGGUUUAUCCCCAACCCAUGGAUGAAGCUGUAAAACCUAUAACAGAAUCAAUGGACAGUCUUAUAUCGAGAAUCUUCAACAAUGUUUCAUCUCUAAAGGCAGCAUAUAUCCAACUCCAGGAUGCUCAUACUCCUUAUGACCCAGAUAAAAUCCAGGCUGCUGAUAAACUAGUCAUCGAGGAGCUCAUGAAGCUUUCAGAACUAAAGCAUUCUUAUAGAGACAAGAACCCUAGACCUGCAUCAACAUCGCCUCAAGAUUCUCCUCUAGCUGCAGAAAUCCAAGAGCAGCAAAGUUUACUAAAAACCUACGAGGUAAUGGUGAAAAAGUUCCAGUCUCAAAUUCAGAACAGGGAUUCUGAAAUUAUCCAACUACAGAAACAAAUUCAGGAAUCUAAUCAUAGAAAGAUGAAGCUCGAGAAGAAACUCAAGCAAAGAGGCUUACUCUCCAAGGAACCCGAGGAGCUUGGACAAGAGAACCAUUUCUUCUCAGUUGAAUUAACCCCGGCUCUUUUCUCCUCUGCUGUAGAAACUGCUUACAAGUCCAUCCAUGAUUUCUCAAAACCUUUGAUUAACAUGAUGAAAGCAGCAGGGUGGGAUCUUGACGCAGCAGCUCACGCCAUUGAUCCUUCAGUAGUUUACACGAAAAGGGCUCAUAAAAAGUACGCCUUUGAGUCUCAUAUUUGCCAGAAAAUGUUCUGUGGGUUUCAAGAAGAAAGCUUUUCUGUCAAUACGGGAAACCUCAAUGUUUCUUGCGAGAGUUUUUUCCAUCAAUAUCUUGCCGUUAGAGCUAUGGAUCCAUUAGAUAUACUCAGUCAAAGCCCAGAUUCCAUAUUUGGGAAAUUUUGCCGGAGCAAGUACCUAAUGGUUGUGCAUCCGAAAAUGGAGAAUGCCUUUUUGGGGAAUUUGGAUCAAAGGAAUUAUGUGACGAGUGGUGGGCAUCCGAGGACUCCAUUCUAUCAGGCUUUUCUGAAGCUUGCUAAGUCCAUUUGGUUAUUGCACAGGCUUGCUUAUUCUUAUGAUCCCAAAGUCAGGGUUUUCCAAGUGAAGGGAGGGAGUGAAUUCUCAGAGGUUUAUAUGGAAAGUGUAGUGAAGAACUUAGCUUUAGACGAGGAAGAAGAAAAGCCCAGAGUUGGUCUCAUGGUGAUGCCUGGAUUCAUGGUCGGUGGAAGUGUGAUUCAAGCUCAAGUCUAUCUUUCUGGUGUUAAAUCUUCUGAAUGAUGAGAGAGAGAUCA